AUGGCUUCUUCUGAUCAUGGCCGCAGUGCCAUCUUAGCUCUCUUUCUCUCUCUUUCAAUGCUAAGCAGUCAUGUAUGUUUGGGUGGUCGCUAUCUGUUGGAAGCUGAUGAGACCACCAAGGCACCAGAGGAGGUGAACCCACAUGAUCAACACCCUUUCCCAACAAUACCAACCUUGCCCAAGCUACCUGAAUUCCCAACUCUGCCUGAGCCUAAAUUCCCGGAGAUCCCCAAGCUUCCGGAGCUCAAAUUCCCAGAGUUCCCCAAGCUAACUGAAGGUCAUGAUCUGCCUGAGAUGAAGUUCCCGGAAAUCCCCAACCCAUUUGAUCAUCUUCCGGAGCUGCCAAAAUUCCCGGAGAUCCCCAAGCCAACUCUCCCUCAUGAACUUCCGGAGGUUCAUCUGCCUGAGCCUACUCUUCCUGAGUUUCCCCAUGCGUUCCCAGCUUUUCCCAAGCUAACUGAAGACCAUGAUCUGCCUGAGAUGAAGUUCCCGGAAAUCCCCAACCCAUUUGAUCAUCUUCCGGAGCUGCCAAAAUUCCCGGAGAUCCCCAAGCCAACUCUCCCUCAUGAACUUCCGGAGGUUCAUCUGCCUGAGCCUACUCUUCCUGAGUUGCCCCAUGAUUUCCCAGCUUUUCCCAAGCCAACUUUACCUGAAUUUCCCGCAGUUCCUUACAAGCCCACUUCCCCUUGA